GUAACGUGCAGCGGUGCAGUGCGGUGUGAGUGUGAGUGUGAGUGUGAAUGUAAAGUAAAUGAAUGAAUGUGUGUGUGUGUGUGUGUGUGUGUGUGUGUGUGUGUGUGUGUGUGUGUGUGUGUGUGUGUGUGUGUAUAUCUAUAGGUGUGUGUUUAUUCUGGAUGUAAAAUUACAAAGUUCUAAACUUUAUUGACACUUUUCCUGAUGUUGUGCGACAGCCUGUGGACUUAAAAAUGUCUGAUUACCGGUCAGGAGGGCAUCUGGGGAACAUUCCUGAAGUAACAGGGGGCCGGACCGAGGCGUAAGCUCAUCAUCCACUGCACUGUGUGUGAAGAUGGACUUUAGGAGGUUUUCAUCUUACUGAAAUGGGCUUGGGCAAAGAUGUGUGUGGCCAUGGUGAUCAUUCAUACUAAAACACUGGAAAAGAAGAGUGUUGAUGAUGUAACAUCCACGCAGUCGACCUUAGAGCUGCGCGAGCCCUCGACCACCACCAUGAGCCAGGGAGCAGCCCUCCUCCCCUGUGGAAUCAUGGAUUUGGUUAGCGUUGGCCAGUGUCCGGUGGGCCCCAGUCUGGAGAGUUUGUGGGACUCUGGUGCGAAUAGCACCGGUUCCAUCAGCGGCCUGCUGCAAAACCUGAGCCUGAGCGAGGCUCCUUCGCCCAGCAAGCGGCAGUGCCGCUCGCGCUCCUGCUCCGAUGAAUUCAGUUGCCGUUCGCCCUGGCGCCCUCAGGCUUCCAAGCUUUGGACGGCCGUGGAGAAGCGGCGCUGUCACAGCGGCGGAGCCAUUUUACCCUCGUCAUCAUCCUCGUCCUCAUCCAUCUUCUCCAGCAUGCAGCGGAGCUCCAGUUUCAGCUUCCCGACGCGAUCCAGCCUUCCAGAUCCGCCGUUCCCUACGUCGUUCACCGCCGUCAGCUUAGACCCGCCCCGCGCCCUUUGCCAAUCCCACGAGAGGAUUUUCCUGGCGGAGAUCGAUGCCGCCCCCGAGACCGAUUCCAAAGACUCUGCUCAUGAGACAGGAGGCCUCGCUCGCAGCCAAUCGCAACCCUGUGUCCUCAAUGACCAGAAGAUCGGCAUGAAGCGUCGCCGACCUCACGAGUCCCACAAACAGAGGCCUUCACUCGACCUGGCCAAGAUGACCCAGAAACAGAAUUUCCAGAGCUUCAGCUGCCCGAGCUUCGACAGUGACGACUGCUGUCAGUCAGACCAGACUUCACCCGCGUUAGGAAGUCCCGAGCACCAGAGCGAGAGUCACAUUCCCGUUUGUAAUAAAGGGGCGAUAUUUCACUUCAGUCUCAAAGACGACGACUCGUCCAUCAUCGAUGAAUCAGACGACCGGACCAAUGGAAAGGAGCGAGACCCUCCGUGGGCGGAGCUGUGCGGAUUGAGGAGGGACGUCCUGGGUGGCGAGCUCGAUAUCGAGCAAAUUGAGAGGAACUGAGACGUGGUGGAGGGUGGAUAGAACUUUUGAAGACGUCUUUUCUCCUGAUCCUUUAAUACUUCCUUUAGUGCUCCAUUACUAGGCUUGAUUUCUAAACAGCCUGAUUGGUUGCAAUCUUGAUGGUCGAGUUUUCCUUUUAUAGUGAUCGAUUAUUGUGGAACGGGUGAUGAGGAAACUUAACAAAAUAGGACCAAGGAGAAUAGAACGCACAUGAAACGGGAAUUGUUGGACAUUAGGACGACUCAGGUUGAAACAGAGUGGAUUCUGGGAUUUACUCCGCACUCUGGUUCAUGUGGACUGGUUAAUGACACAGAUAAUGUAGCCUUUAUUUUCUUACCUACAGGAAGUAUGAAACUUACGUGUACGUUCUCAGUCCUGAAAGCCUGUCUGUGCUGAACGUGGAGUGAACAGUAUUUAAAAUCUAUAUUUUUACAGAUCUGUUCUUUCACUGCUCGGUUCAUCCGAAAGGAAGAGAAAGCGUUGUGGACUAGGACUUGUGAUUGAACUGGCACUGGCACCUACGCACAGAUAUAUUACACACACACACACACACGUACACACGUACGCAAUUCACAACGUGAAAAGCUUAAAAGGGCUUCAGGUUUGAAUGUCGAAUGAUUAUCUCACUUGACUGAGUUUCCUUCCCUUUAUGAGCUAAUAGAAUUGAAUUCCUCUUUUUAAAAAGUGUAACACAAGCGCGAGCGCUAAAUGUACUUAUUUCCAUACAAAUAAACAGCGUUAAAAUGU